AUGUCACGAAAGCAGAUCAUGUUUUCCAGUGACCUGUCAAAUAACCUUGAGUGUCCGACUUCACCGGAAGUUUUCACCCAGAAGAGCCUUGUUUUCGAUGAUGACAACUCUCUAGAUAGUGGCUUUGAAUCUCUUGGCAGUGACAUCGAGGUGUCGCCACUACCUUUGGAUCAUAGGAGAACUGGUUUCCAUGGAACGAGGAAAUCUCUUUUCGGACAGAAGAGACGACGUGAUGACGAUGGUGCUGAAGAUCAUAUUCUAGCUCGGCAGAUGAAGAAACUUAAAACAACCAAUGUUGUCCCCAAAGCCCAAACAGGAGUCACGUCAGAUGUUAUAAAGUCAGCCGUCGACAAAAUGGAACAGGGCACUGAUCUUAUCGGUGAUGGCUCACAGAAUCAUAGUCUACCAACCAUACAAGGAAGACACAAGGAUCUCAAGUCUGUGGCUCCACACACAGUCAGUCAGCUUCUGGCAGGACAGUACGAUGACGUCAUUUCCAGCUACAGGAUCAUCGACUGUCGUUACCCAUAUGAAUAUGAAGGUGGUCACAUUGAGGGUGCCGAGAACCUUCACAACGAGACUCUGAUCACAGACUUAGUGACCAGCCUACAAGGGAGGGACUCCAUUCAACGAAACAUCCUGGUCUUCCACUGUGAAUUUUCCUCAGAGAGAGGCCCGAAACUAUUGCGCUGCCUUAGAAACCUUGACCGGAAGCUGAACAGUGACCGUUACCCUUUCCUCUGCUACCCGGAAGUAUACCUGUUAGAUGGUGGAUACAAGGCCUUCCAUGAACAACAUCAGACUCAGUGUCAACCAAGAAACUACGUUCCCAUGCUGCACCAGGAUUACUCCAAACAACUACGUCACUUCCGGGUGAAGUCCAAGUCGUGGACAGCAGGAGAGAAACAGGGCAUGCGCAGUCGACGUCUCAUAAUAGACACGUCUCCGCUCAAGAUGCCUCUUUGGUAAUCUGAAGAUGAAAUGAUGAAUCAGAUUUCAGAUACUACCCGACCAUCGGUUUUGAGAGACUUAUUUAUUGCUAUU